UUUAAAGAAGAUGAAAAACUCAUCGAUUAUGUCUUCAGUCAUACUGGAGCUCCUUUACAAAAUGGACGAUCUUAAAUACCUUUACUUCAUGGUCUUUUUUAUGUUGUACAUGUUUGUACUCUUUGCUAACACCACUGUGAUUUUUAUCAUAAUUACUGACAGAGCGCUUCACAAACCUAUGUACGUUUUUCUAUGUAACUUGGCUGUAAAUGGCAUCUAUGGUGGUACGGCUUUGCUUCCGGCCUUGAUGGGUACUUUAAUGUCUCCUUCUCAUGAGGUAUCUUUGGCAUGUUGUCAGGCUCAAACCUAUUUCCUGCACACAUAUGCUAUCAUAGAAUUCACCAUUCUUUCAGUGAUGUGCUAUGAUCGCUAUGUGGCCAUAUGCUAUCCGCUACAGAAUCACAGUAUCAUGACAAUCACAAAGGUGUAUGAACUAAUUGCUUUCUCAUGGGGUUAUCCUUUAGUGGCAUUCGCUUUGUUUUUCAUUAUGACUCUGCGCUUGACAAUCUGUAGAAACAUAAUUGAGCGAGUGUACUGUUCCAACUAUUCUCUUGUCAAACUGUCCUGUGAUGACACAAAUGUUGUGAGUGCUAUUGGAUUGUUUUCUGUUGUUGUAUAUACUUUUCCUCAGCUUGCAAUGACCCUCUACUCAUAUGGACAUAUUCUGAAAAUAUGCUUUACUGCCACUAAAAAGUCUAAAAUAAAAGCACUGAAGACCUGCAUGCCACACUUAUUUGCAAUAUUGAACUAUAGUGUGGGCUGUUUUUGUGAAAUUGUACAAAGUCGCUUUGACACAAGUUAUCUUCCCUUUCAAACACAAACAGUUAUGUCACUUUAUUUCUUAAUAUUUCCUCCUAUUGUGAAUCCAGUCAUUUAUGGGCUGAGUGUUCAGGCUCUAAGAGACAAUAUGUUUAGACCUUUUAGGUCUAGGAAUAAGUUAUUGCCUUUGGCUGUAAAAUAGGAUCUUUGUUAUUUUCUAGAUGAGAAAUGUGCAUGUUAUCAAAAAAUUCAUCAUGUCAAUAAACAGCUGAUAUUCCCAACAUUUGUGAGCAUU